AAGUACCUAAAUAGAAAACAAACCAAAGUACAAUAAAGGCAAACAUUACUUUUAAAUGUCUUCAUUAAAAAUUCUUAAUUCCAUAUCAAGUUUUGCACAACCACACUGGUUAGCUUGAGAACUCUCAUUUAGCAUAUAAAACAUCUAACAUACUUCUGUUGUGGACUAUGAACAGGCAAUCUGGCAAGAACUUGGAGGACAAGCCCUUUUGUGGACUACCGAGAACGUAGUACGUGGUAGCUGCCGUAUCUGAUGGACUGACUCACCAGUAUGAUGUGUACAGGCAGACAACACACCUGGGAAGUGUGAGGUCAGAGGUCAAUUUUGUUUUGAAGUUCUUUCCUCCCACCUUUACCUGAGUUCUGAGAAAUCAAACUCAAGAUUGUCAGGGUUUGUGUGGGCAAGCUCCUUCACCCUCUGAGCCAUCUCCCUACUCCCCAUUGUCAGAUUUUUGGAAGGCAACUGGGCCCUAGCUACUAAUAUUUUAAAAAUACACACUUGAAGAACUAGAAAGUUGUUUAUAGCUUAAAAGGAGUGUGCCAGAGGAUUCUGAGAGCUGACUACCCCCUGACAAAGGACAACUUAGCAGUGAGCACUGAUGGGAAAGGUAGUUUUAUUUUUCAUCUGAAUCAGUUAUGUAGCUCACAUCUUCACUUCUCAGAGAUUUGGAACACAAUCUUCACUUUGUUACUUUCUAUUGUUGCUAUUAGUUGGAAACUUGGGGUUCGAGAGGUUAAAGACAUAAGCUGAACAACUCUUAAGUCCUAUUUUGCUAUCUGCAUACAGGUUAAUAGAGGAAACAGACGGUUAACUACGAUGCUAUGCUGAGGAUGGAAGGACAGCAGCCUUAUGCUCGUCUUAAGCUCUUUGCUGACCUACACCUCCAGCCUGGAUGUGUUUCAGGUUUACAUUCUUAUUUUUGCAAUUAUAGAAACAGCUGGCCUAUACACAGUUUCAAGUAAGCACGUGAGGCAUUGAGCUCUUUGUUCUCAGAACCACUUAGCAGUCUGAGUCCCACUAUGGGUAAGAAGUGGAUUCAUGAAACGGAGAGGCACAGAGAACAACAUACACUAUGAUUAACUCACCAUGGCAACAGACACAAGAACUCCAAGAACCAGAUAGAACCAAGUGGCAGAAAAGUUAUGGAAUAAUUUUGUGGCCUGAAUAUUACCACUUUCUGAUUUCCAAAACAUUGACUUUAAAAAUAGGAUUUAAUUAAAAUAAUGGUUGCAAAAAUCUCUGAGAUUCACACAGCUGAGAUUUGUUAGCUCUUGUUUUCAGUACAGACUGCGUCCAAUAACCUACUGGAACUUGUACCAGAAAUCAUUAGCUUGACAGCUGGGGACGCAGCUCAGUUACAGAACACUUGCAUAGCAGAUAGAAAGCCUGGGGUGGAAGCAUAGGAAAUAUUGUAACCAACCCCAGCUACUCAGGCAGCUGAGACAAGAUCUCAAGUCCUAGGCCACCUGAGCAACUCCACAGGACCUUGUCUCAAAAUAAAGAAGAAAGGGGUUGGGCACUGGCAGCCCAGUGAAGAGUGCUAGCACUGGGACACCUGAGGUCACUCUCAGCUGUCAAAACAGAGUGCCUGCCUGAGAAAAUUCUCAAAUUUAUUAAAAAGUAACCGAGCCUUACUAUAUAGUAACCUAAUAAUACACUUCAGAGACAUGCUAAAUAGCAUACUAACGACUGGACAGUCACAAGGACACACUAGUCUGCACUUGUACUGUUCUCCUUCAUGUUUGCUUUAAAGAUGACAGCUGGGUUCUCUUAUCUACAUGCAAUCUGUUACAAUAUGUUGUUUGGUUGACGUACAAUAUCAGAAGAAAAUAUGACCUCACAAUAUGUAACUGUAAAGAAUUUUUACAGCCCUUUCAGAUAACUAGACUGGUCUGAUAUUAUACAAGCUUUUUUUUUUUUUUUUAAAGGUUUGUUGCAUUGAAGCAUUGGAGGGAAAAAAAAACCCCAAAAAACAAACAGAAAAAAAUCAAAAAUUAAAAAAAAAAAACAACAAAAAAAACCCCCACCUCUUUGUACUCAAAUACAAGUUUAAUGUAAUUUAAAAAAUAUACAGAAAUAAAAAACAUGUAAAGUACAACAAAAUUUAACUGCUGUACUUUAAAGUUUUGUCAUUUUUUCUUCUCGGACAAUGCUACAGACUAGACCCAUGGCCAUUCUAGGAACACACUCUACCACCCAGCUACUACCCUAGGCCUGUCAGUCAUUCUUUCAAGAAAACAUAUUUCAUGAAAAAAAACCAGCAGACUAAGCUCUGACUGACUCAGCUGUGGAAUACUUCUGAUAUCCCUUCACCAUGCAGAAUAUUAAGGAGCAGACUAAGAGGUCCAAAUGUAGUGACAUGGGCAAUUUCAAUAAUUGUUAAGUCCUUUUAAACGCAAAGAACACAGCAACUGUCAGCACGGUGUGGGCCACAGUCUCAGCUUGUUCUUAGAUGCUCAAUUAUUUAGGUAAGGAUCUAGCUUAAUUAGGCUGCUUUUAUACCAGCAAUGUCAAGGCCAACACAACACUGGUAUCAAGGUCAUAUGAUCUCAAUAGGGGACUUAAGACAUCCUGAAGAGUUUGGGAAUGAAUCACAACUGAGAAGUCCCAAGAUAGUUAAAAAAAAAAUUUGCUACAAUCCAUUCAGUAGCUCCUAGGAUUCUUCAUGCCUAUCUUGAAAUAAGGUGACAGUGUAGCAUAUAUCCCCUACACGUGCAUACAUGUUUAAGAAGAAAGAAGAUAGUCUUAGCACUUGGAAGGCAGAGGCAGGAGGAUUUCUGUGAGUCUAGACCUACAGAAGGGGCUACAGUGAGAACCAUCUCAAAUGUAUAGAUGCUAGGUUAUUCUACAGCAUUUCUGUCUAAGACCUAAAUCCAGACCAGCCUCAUUAUUCUUCAACAGGCACUUAUUAGUCCAGAGUCCAAGCGGUAGGUACCACUUUCUUCUCAGGAUUUCAGGUGGCCCCUCACAAAUAGAUCACAGUAAUUAUUCUUGUCAAAUAUGCUGACUAGAUGAAUUCUGAAGUCAUUCUGACAAUUACAGCAAAGCUGUUUAAUUUUUUAAAAUCCACUAUAAUUAGGGAAAAUCUUUUAGUACCUGCUUAAAGCCAAUUUAAUAAACUUAAUUGUGAUUACAGAUUAGAACCAUUCUCCCAUUUUCCUGGCUCCUGUCAGAGAGACCCAACUUGAGACGCAAAUGACUGCACAGUGUUUCUGGGUGCUAAAUGCUGAGUAGUGAAGCUACCGGUGACUACAGAUUCAGGACUCAGGGAUGCCUGGCAGUGGAGUGCUUGCCUAGAACACACUAAACUCUGGAUUUGAUCCCUAGCAGGAGGGAAAAGAAGAAAUGAAAAUUUUUAUCAUAAGACCCUUAUCAAUGCAGACAAUAAAGCAAGGAAAUACAAUCACCCUCUUGGUAUUAACUGAAGAGCAACCUCUAUUAGGCCACCCAACUAUAGCACAGACCCACUUAGACCUACAGCUGUAGAGGCAGCCCAUGUCACAGAGGAAACUGGUGAGAGGUGACCAAGCUGAUCUGCAAAAACAGAUCCUCAUAAACUCUUAAUUUUUCACUUGCUUGCUUAGUAUGCAAAGAGUUUACUAAGAGUAGAGCCUGUCUUCAAAUAGUGUUAGAGCCUCUUACCAAAAAGCACCCUUUUAAUAUGUAGAUAAUAAGAAUGACUUACCAUCUUCAAAGGGUGUCCCUUCUGGUCUGAAAACAAAAAGAUCUCUGAUUAAAACAAGUUUUUCCUUCUUUGUCUUCAGGGAGAGAAGGGUAAGUAAGCUGGGGAACCAGGAAGGACAGUGCUCACCCUGCUGCCUGAGAGCUGCGUAAACAUCACCAGUCAGACUGCCAGACAGCCUUGGCUUAAACUCAGGCAGCACAAAGGCUCUCAAUGAUCAAGUUCUUUUUAAAAGGAAACUUGUCUAUGAUUUUCUUGAAAAAAUAAUAUAGUACAGCCCAAUGCACAGCCAACUGUGGUGGCAAAUGCCUUUAUUCCCAGCACUGGGAAGGAGGAGGCAGGUAGCUAUCUUGAGUUUGAGGCCAGCCUGGGCUACAAGUGAGUUCCAUGACUGCUAGAGGCUACACAGAGAAAUCCUGUUUUCAAACCCAAAACCAACUAACAAACGAAAACCCAAGAGUGUGCAAGUGGGCAUGCACCACACACUCGUGUAUUCCCAGAUACUCAGGAGGGAGUCAACGGUUGAGACUACCUAAGACGCACAGUAUAAGGCCAGCCUGACUUGGCAAGACCACCUCAAACUACAAUUUUAAAAAGGAUGGUGCAACACAUAUACACAGAAUAGAAAGGGAGGGGGUACCACAGCCCAGGCUGCCUGACCAUGCAGCAAUCCUCCUUCCUCAGACUCCUGAGUGCUAGGAUUUAUUAAGUAUGAGUCAGUAUACCUACCUAUUUUGAUUUUGAGAUAAGAUCUCAUAAAUAGCCCAGGUUGGCUUCUAAAUUGUGAUCCUUUUGUCUCAGCCUUCCAGAGGCUAUGAUUACAGAUGAUUGAAACCAGGACUUCAAGAAUGUUAGGCAAGCACUUCCACAACUGAGCUAGCUACAUUCCUAGUCCCCUACUACUUACAAAUGUAGACUCCUAUAAGACAGCUAACUGAUUAAGAGUACUUGAGAAAAUCCUCUUACAGGAGUUUGGUUCCCAGCACCCAUGGCAGGCAGCUUACAACUUAAGGAGAUUGGACACUGGCCUCUGGCUGGCUUCCAUGGGCACCUGCUCUCUUGUACAUGGAUCCUUCAAACCCUGUUACCAAUUACUGGGUUGACUGUAAAAUGAUACUAUACCAUAACUAGCUGUAGUGGAAAACUCCCAUAAUCCCAUACCUACACAAACAUACAUAAUCAAAAUAAGUUUUAAAUGAAAAAGGAUGUACAGAGCUAGCAAGAAUAGUUUAGCAGGAAGAACUACUCACCAUACUAUUUCUUGAACACAUACGUGAUGGAGGGAGAGAAAUGACUACAGUUGUCAUCUUACCUCUAUAUUGAGUGUUGUGGGUUAUGGACACCUACUCACACAGUCAGUCAGUCAGCGAGUGUGUGCGCACACACACACAAACAAAAAAUUAGAAAGGUAUUAAGUAUGGUGGCCCAAGCCUGUGUUCCCAGCACUGAGGAUGUUGAGGCAAGAGGAUCCUAAGUUUGAGAACAAUCUGAAAAAUGCAUGGAGACCUUUUUUUGUUGUUUUUGUAAAACAGGGCCUCAGUAAGCAGCCUGGACCUUAACCUCCAAGUGCUGGAUCAAAGGGGCCAAACCUUUGUCAAGAGUCCAUCUCAAUAAAAUUUCACAGGUGCGAAGAGUGAAGCCCAGUGAUGGAGCACUUGCCUACAAUGUGUUAAGAUGCUUGGAUUCAACCCCAGCAUCACCCAAAGUAAGAUGCUUGGAUUCAACCCCAGCAUCACCCAAAGUAAAACUACCUUCCUUGUUCAAUGGCUUCUCAGGGGGCUGUGCAUAUAGGAUUUUUAGCUGAAAUUCUUAUCACAGCGAAGUUUUCAGUUCCUUUGGUUCCAAGUGUUUUUACGGCUCCAACAGUAUGGGCAUAAACUGCAAGUGCACAGCACAUUUUAUGAGUUGAUUUCUCUCUUCUCCUUUAUCACCCUACUUAAUUUCAAGUAUUUACUUCUUAUUGUUGGGGAUCAAGCCAGGGCCAUACGCAUGGCAGGCAAGCAUUCUACCACUCAGCUUCACUCAAUGCCUUUACACCCUAGAUCAUUUACCUGGAGUGACCGUAAAACCAUACCAUAGCUAGGUACAGUAUCAAACUCCCACAAUCCCAGCUACUCCUGAGGGCCUAAAGCAAGAGGAUCACUGCAGCCCAGUUCAAAAUCACCCCGAUCAACACUGUAACACCUUGUCUCAAGGGAAAGAAACCAAAUUAAACUUAACAGCAAGGAGCAGACCAAUUUUAUAUAAAUGUCCCAGACUCAAUAAAAUGUUUCAGGAGCUGGGUAUACAGCUUAGUGAUAGGAGCACAAUAAGCACAGGAGGCCUAUGGUUCUCAAAAAAGUGCCCCCUACCCCAACAAGUGAGCUUCGGAUCCACCUCAGCCUCUUUCCUUGGUGCUUAUAUACUUACUUUUCCUAAGCAGUCGCUAUUUCAACUCACCCAAAUAUAACUGCGUUCCACUGCAUGAUGUUGUUUUCAGAUGGUGCACCACUGACCCCCACAGGUGGGUCCUCUUGCAAUCUAGAAAUCCAGAGUAGUCAUUUUCAGAGUUGAACAUAAAGGUCAGUGAGGUCAAAUUCUACUGAACCUAUUCUGAGAGACUGACUAGACUGACUUAUUGUUGGAGCUGAAAUGAGCUAUGACUUAAAAGAAUCAACCAGGUUAAUAUACUUACUAAUACUACCAGUGAUCUCUAAGCCCAAAGGACUAGGUGGUCAUCCUUCUUCACACAGCAAGAUUUAAGAUAUGAUCUCUUGAAGAACUCUUGUUUCCAGACUGCCCUCUUGACCCAUUACAAGUUUACAAUUUUAGCAAUGAAAAAUAUUUUAGAGAAUCUGCAACUACCAGGUGGUAGUGGUGUGCAUGCCUUUAGACCCAGCACUUUGGAGGCAGCCUGGUCUACAGAAUGAAUUCCAAAACAGUCAGGGCUACACAGAAAAACCCUGUCUCAAAAAACCAAAACCAAACACCAAAAACCAAAACCAAACCACACAAAAGCCUACAGUUUUUCUACCUUCAUCAUGCAAGGAUCUCCAGUCCUAACACAAAAUCGUAGGAAAUCUCCAUACACUAAAUAACUGAAAAGCAUAUUCAGUUUAACUAGAAAGCGAACCACACUUUAUGGUCUGUGCUUCAGACAGUGGCUUUCUCAAGUAGCCAGAAGCUCCAGCUAGCUUUCCAGCAGUCUCUCUUUUAAAGACACUGCUCUCAGGCCAACUCUACCUUAGGCCUUCAUACAAAGUUUCAUACAGCACUUUCAACAGACGUCAUCAUCAAUUUCAUGUAACCUCAAGAUCCUUGGAAAACCACCAAAGGCACCUUGUACUCAAUCGGGUACAGAAAUUGCAAAAAUGAACAAGAGAUAAUAAUGGAUGAUGUAUUAGCCAUAAUGGCAAGGUUUAUUUGCAUGCUACAGAGCCAAUCAAAUAUAGUGACUUCAAGCCUUUUGCACCAACAAGGGCAUCUCAUCUGUCAGAUCAUAAAAAAAAAAAAAAAAAAGCCUUCCACCAUACAAAGUAUGUCAUGAUUUUUAAGUGGACACUUAGCGAUCAGUCCACAUUAAAAAACAAACAAACAAACAAACAAACAAAAAACCUCAAGCAGAUUAUGCCACUAACAGGGCUGAGAGGAACGAACUUACUGCCUGAUUCCUCAAUUUUAAGUGGCUAAAAUCAGCAACGAAUUAAAUGAAGCUGUCCAAGGCCCAAGACCUCCAAAUGCCCCAGACAGGGCUUUAUAAAGGCAAAGUCGAGCAGUUGCUUCCUGAGAGGCAAAUCUAAGUUUUUAUAGUACAGAUCUGUCUCAAUCACAGCGGGUCUGCCCAGAAAGAAAACUUAGAGGAGUAUCUUGUCGCUGGAUUUCAAGUUACGGUUGCUGCACUUGUACGUUUCCAAGGAGAGGUAAACAACUGGAAGAGGAAGGAGAGGUCAUUUUCUUCCUUCAAGCCCCUUAUUUCCUAUAAACUCCUAUUUUCCAAAAGGAGGCCCAGGUGGAGUAUCAGAUUAGCUCCAGUGUGACGGAAGGCAUUUCCCAGGCCGGGGAGGCUAUAGAUAGGCCUUUAUUCGGCAGCCAGAUCUUAGUUCCAGAAGGCACUGGCAGCGGAGUGGCUAGCUCCAGGUCCAGGUUUCCCGAGCCAGUUCUCAAGGUCCUUCCAGGUGGGCGGGGGCAGAUCGGGUUUCGGGGGAUGGGCUAACCACCUCCGGACCUCGCGCAGCAGACCCCACCCUCACCACUGCAGAAAGGGAAAGAGAUUUGGGACAGUAUUCACCCCAACCCCGCUACAAAUAGGAGACCACGGGGCCCUGUAACAAAGCUGGACUGGUCCUCCAGGCGAGGCCAGAACCUCAGGAAAAGCUCCCUAGCACCACCUGCGGAGGGGACACCGCAGGGUGCAGAGGCGGGAGGUGAAGCGUCUGCAUUUGGCCUAGGUGGGCCUCUGGGACACCUAGGCCCAGCGAUGGCUACCUUCCUACUUUUGGGGGGGGGGGGAGGGCAGGUGGCUAUAAUACCGAACAUCUUUACUCAAACAGAGGGAGGUAUGAAGCGAGGGAGUAAGAGUCGCCGGUGAGCCGGGGCUGCCGUGGGUCCCGCAGGCCCACUGCCCCCCUCCUCAGGGUCACCGGGGGAGGAUAUCCCGGAUCCCCGCCCUACAGUCCAUAGCUUCGGGAAGAGGCCGUCAUAUUGGGCUAAGACGAGGGCCCUUACCGCUUGAAAUCCCGCAUGAGCCUCCUACGGGCCGGGGUCGACAUGCUCCGCAGCUGCCCCGCGGUCAGUCUGAAAGAAAAGAGUCCCGUUCGGCCCCCCCACCCCCCGGCGCAGCGGCCGAAUCACUGUGGGUCGCCGCCGCCACCGAGACUGCACAAACAACCCUGCAAUGACGUCUCCCUCCGCCGCCUCCAGAUCCCUCCGCCCUCCGCCAGUACCACCGCUGGGAGGAGGGGAGAGGGGGCGGGGCGAGCGGGCGCGCGCGCGACCCUGGAGGCGCAGGAGGCCGUCUUCGGGGCUUCUUGGCUGUGAGGAACUAUGGAAGGUCCUCUCCGUGCCCAGGCUGGACACGGGCCGGCCCGACCGCGCCGGAGCCCACACGCUACCUUGCCUCGCUCCCCCCGUCGCUAGUUUCAAGUUCGGCCGGACGGGGAGAGAGGUGCAUCCGGAGCCUGAGAUUUCGGGGAGAGGAGAAGCCAGGCUUGAAAAUGGAGAUGUAUGAAACCCUUGGAAAAGUAGGAGAGGGAAGUUAUGGAACGGUCAUGAAAUGCAAGCAUAAGGAUACUGGGCGGAUAGUGGCCAUUAAGAUAUUCUAUGAGAAACCAGAAAAAUCUGUCAACAAAAUUGCAACGAGAGAAAUAAAGUUUCUAAAGCAAUUUCGUCAUGAAAACCUGGUCAAUCUGAUUGAAGUUUUUAGACAAAAAAAGAAAAUCCAUUUGGUAUUUGAGUUUAUUGACCACACGGUCUUAGAUGAGUUACAGCAUUAUUGUCACGGAUUAGAGAGUAAGCGACUAAGAAAGUACCUGUUCCAGAUCCUCCGAGCGAUCGAGUAUCUGCACAACAACAACAUUAUCCACCGAGAUAUAAAGCCUGAGAAUAUUUUAGUCUCCCAGUCAGGAAUUACAAAGCUCUGCGAUUUUGGGUUUGCGCGGACACUAGCAGCUCCUGGAGACGUUUACACAGACUACGUGGCCACCCGCUGGUACAGAGCUCCAGAGCUGGUGUUGAAAGACACCACCUAUGGAAAACCAGUGGAUAUCUGGGCUUUGGGCUGUAUGAUCAUUGAAAUGGCCACUGGCAAUCCCUACCUUCCUAGCAGUUCCGAUUUGGAUUUGCUCCACAAGAUUGUUUUAAAAGUAGGCAACCUGACCCCGCACCUGCACAAUAUUUUUUCCAAGAGUCCCAUCUUUGCUGGGGUGGUUCUUCCUCAAGUUCAACAUCCCAAAAACGCAAGAAAGAAAUACCCAAAGCUCAACGGAUUGCUGGCAGAUAUAGUUCAUGCUUGUUUACAAAUUGAUCCUGCUGAGAGGAUAUCAUCCACCGAUCUUUUGCAUCACGAUUACUUUACUAGAGAUGGAUUUAUUGAGAAAUUUAUACCAGAGCUGAGAGCUAAGUUAUUACAGGAAGCAAAGGUUAAUUCAUUUAUAAAGCCAAAAGAGAAUUUUAAGGAAAAUGAACCUGUGAGAGAUGAGAAAAAACCAGUUUUUACCAACCCUCUGCUCUAUGGAAACCCAACACUUUAUGGAAAGGAAGUGGACAGAGACAAAAGGGCCAAGGAGCUCAAAGUCAGAGUCAUUAAGGCCAAAGGGGGAAAAGGAGACGUCCCAGACCUGAAGAAGACAGAGAGUGAAGGUGAACACCGCCAGCAGGGCACAGCUGAGGACACACACCCCACAUCACUGGACAGGAAGCCUUCUGUCUCGGAACUAACAAACCCUGUCCAUCCCAGUGCGAAUUCUGACACUGUCAAAGAAGACCCACACUCUGGGGGCUGUAUGAUAAUGCCACCUAUCAACCUGACAAGCAGUAAUUUGUUGGCCGCAAAUCCCAGUUCAAACCUCUCCCACCCCAAUUCACGGUUAACUGAAAGAACAAAAAAGAGACGCACCUCUUCACAAACUAUUGGACAAACUUUGUCUAAUAGCAGACAAGAGGACACAGGUCCCACACAAGUCCAAACAGAGAAAGGUGCAUUUAAUGAGCGAACAGGUCAGAAUGACCAAAUAGCAAGUGGAAACAAAAGAAAACUGAAUUUUUCCAAAUGCGACAGGAAAGAAUUCCAUUUCCCUGAGCUGCCGUUCACAAUACAGGCGAAGGAGAUGAAAGGGAUGGAGGUUAAACAGAUAAAAGUGCUGAAGAGAGAAUCAAAGAAAACGGAUUCACCUAAAAUACCAACUUUACUUAGUAUGGACUCAAAUCAAGAAAAACAAGAGGUACAGCUGUGCGGAGUCUGCCCCUCUGCGAGCUCCCUCCAGCCAGCCAGCGAGGUGAUCAUUUGCUGCUUGUGCAGUCAGGGGAAUGGUUGUGAGAGGCAAUCAUUUUGUUUGUUCAUUUUCCCCAAGCUACUUGACUGCAGUGGACCCUGCCCUUUGAAGAUGUCUCUUGUCUCAGUUCCAUGAUUCUCCCUGGCUUGAAACUUGGCACCAACUUGAUACUUUUCAGUCUCCAAGUGUCUGAUAGCCAUUUCAGCAGCAGGCCUACUUAAUUUAUUCUUGCUGUAACAUUCUGGUUCCAGAAAAUUAUAUUAGUUUUUCCUAGUCAUCUCUUUUUUCCUCCAGAUUCUCACUUUUAUUUUUUUUAACUGUUUCACGUCCUGUUUUGUGAUACAAGUUACCUCUUAAUUUGUUUGUUCUCAACUAGCCUCAAAUUGCCUUCUGUUAAAUGUUGUUUAUGUGUGAUAAAGGUCUGCAUUAUUAUGCUCAGUUGUGGUAUCAGUCAGUGGUCCCCAGACAAGCAGAACAAACGGGAUAGGAUGUUCUAAGAGUAGGCUCCUUAGCUUCGCUCUCAUCGGCAGAAGCUGAGCUGCACAGAGGCCAUCUGCACACUGGAAAACCAGGGAACAUUGGUGGCUCUAGGAAGCUGGAAACCUCAGCACAAGAGACAUAUGUGCCAUAGUCUGAGGCCAAAUGCCUGGACGUCCCAAGGAGCUGCUGGUGCACAUCUGUACUUAGAGGCUGAAGCACCAAACAUUCAUAGGAAACAGAAGUGGCAAAACCCACCUCCACUCAGGAAGGAUCAAGCAUGCAAUUGCCAGCUUCCCACUUCUCCUUUUUGCUUUGUCGGUCUCCUGCCUAUUGGAUAUCACCUGAGUUAAUGGUUGGUCUUCUCUAGAAAGAAGCUCACUCCAUCAAGUCAGCUUGACAGCCAUACUAGUCAUCAACAUUCCCCAAAGAGAGGAUAUAGAAAAUGAACACAAAAACAGUGACAAAUAACUUCAAUAUGUCAGUAAUUUUAAAAAAUUCCCUAGAGUUGACAGGUUGUUUAAGCAGAUAAAGGCACUUACAACCUGAGUUUGAUUCCUGGGAGCCCUCUGGUCAGCCAUCUACUGACCUUCACAUACAUACGGGAUAUACGUAUGUGCGCAUGCACACACAUGGGCACACACACACACACAUCACACAUACAUGCACACACACAAUCACAAAAUAAUAAGAUAGAUAAAUGGGAUAAGAAUUUUAUAAUUAGCUAAGGUAUAAAUAUAAAAUGUAAGGAAGUGAGAACUGCUGCCACAAUUCAUAAAAUAUUAGAACACAAAAUAAACAUUUGUUUAAAAAGAUACAGGGCGGGGUUGGGGAUUAGGUCAGUGGUAGAGCGCUCGCCUAGCAAGCGCAAGGCCCUGGGUUCAAUGGUCCUCAGCUCCGGGGGAAAAAAAAAGAUACAGGGCAAAUACUGAAGAAAGUAGGUUUUUUGUAGCUAUAUAAAAUCAGGGGAAAAAAAUGAGGCCAUAAAAUAGGUAAGGGGACUUGCUGCCAAGCCUGCUCAGCUGACUAGGAAUGGAUGGUGGGAAGAGAACAGGCUUCUGCCGUCUGUCCUCUGACCCCACAUUACCACAGACACAUGCACACGUGCACACUGAAUGAAACAGCAUACAUAAAAGGGGGCCUAUAGGAUUAAUUUAAAUGCUAAAAAGUUUUAUGCCAACAAUCUGAAGAUCUAGUCAGAUCCACAGUGUGUAUCAGGUCCUAGUUGUAUGUUCAACACCCCCCAAAAGGUCUUGUAUCUAAUAGCAUACUUUCAAAACGUGUAAAAGACAAGUUUAGUGAGCCCAAGGAGAACUUGAGAAGUCUAUUGUUGCAGUAAGAGAUUCUUUUUUGGUUGGUUGAUUGAUUGUUGGCUGUUGGGUUUUUAAGGGGUCUCCAUAGCUCUGGCUCAACUGGACCUCAUUAUGUAGCCCAAGCUGACUUCAAACUCAGGAGCUCUGCCUCUGCCCCUCUACCCCAUUCCUCUGCCCCUCUACCCCAUUCCUCUGCCCUCUGCCCCUCUACCCCAUUCCUCUUCCCUCUGCCCCUCUGCUCCCUGUCCCUCUGCCCCUCUGUCCCUUUGCCCCUCUGCCUCUGCCAGAGCAAACAAGUCGAAAUGAAACAACAAACAAAAAAGCCAUGUAUAGCAAACAAAACAUGGCUAUGGAUUUGAGCAAUGCAGUGCUUAAUUUUGCUGUAAUAGACAUGUAGGAAAGUAUUCUAUCCAGAAACAAAAAUAACUCAUACAUAUGAAAAUUUAAAUAUAUUUUCUAAAUGUGCCAAGAAGUAAAUAAUGAAAAUCAGAAACAAAAAGGGACAUUAACGAAAGGAGAACCUCAACACAAACCAGGAGAUUAAUGCUCCAGGUUAGAACUCAGUGGUUUAAAACAGAAUUAACAAGCAGCUGGGCAAAACACAAGACAUUCUUUAAAAGUAAGCAUGGCAUGGUGGCUGGUGCAUACUUACCCUCAGUACCUGGGGGGCAGAGGCAGCAGCAUCUGAAAGUCAAGGUUGUCCUCAUUGCUAUAUAUAGUAUGUUUAUGGUCACCAUGGGAUAUGCAAGACUCUGCCUCAGACCAGAACCCAAACAAAGAGCUGACAGUGAACAGUAGUGAGAGGGGAUUAUUACAGGGGCGUGUAUGAUGAGUCACGUUCCCCAGUCCUCAGGAAUAUAUACUAAUCUUGAUAUCACACAACUUGAGAGAGGGAUGCUGCUGGGGUACAGACAGACUGAUGGCAUGGCUUAGGCUUCUUAGACUAAUGGCAUCACCCUCCGUUUCCCUUUCAAGUUGGUUCCUAGUGUAAAUGUAAGUAGGACUGCACAGGAAUUCGCCCAGACUAACAGACAGACAGUCUAAGACAUACACCUGUGACCCUAAGUGGGAAGAUAAACAGAAACGCAGCAGGUGAACACGCAGUGAGACUGCAGAGCAAGCGUAACGCCUGAGAGAACCGAAGAAGCAAGAGAGCAAACGGACAACACCCUGUGGCGCUGACAAGCAGAAGCUGCAAAGCCAGACAGCAGAGACAGGCACAAAGUGCAGAGGAGAGAGCUGCCGGUGGAGAGCUUCUAUCCAGUGAGGGUUACUUAGAGAUGAGGGGAAGGUAACAAAAGCAGAGAGAAUAUGCUACCAGCAGUCUGACCCUAAGGAAAGCUUCAGGGAGUUCUUUUAAUUUUUUUCAUUUUGUUAAUGUUUUUUUUCUUUACUUAAAAAAGAAAAUUAAACCAGGUGAUUGUGGAGCACACCUUUGAUCCCAGCACUCAGGAGGCAGAGGCAGGCAGAUCUCUGAAUCUGAGGUCAGCCUUGUCUACAGAGGAAGUUCUAAGACAGCGUGGGCUACACAGAGAAACCCUGUCUCAAAAAACAAAACAAAAAAAGGGUCAGUUGUGUUUAUGUAUGUCCAUGUGAAUAUAUGCCACAUGCUAGGGGUGCCCAUGGAGGCUAGAAGAAGGUCCCCUGGAGCUGGAGUUAGGUGGCUGAGUUUCCCAGUGUGGCUUCCGUAAGAGCAGCAAAUGUUCUCAGUCACUGAGUCGUCUCUCCAGCCCCCUAAUUUUACGUGUGUGUGUGUGUGUGUGUGUGUGUGUGUGUGUGUGUGUGUGUGUGCGCGCGCGCGCGCGUGCGUUCUACAGUGCUGCUUUGUCAGAGGGACAACUGCAGAAGUUGACUCCUAUUCAGUGGAGUUUGUGGGUCAGACAUAUGCUGCCUCCUGAGCCUUAUUGCCCGUCCCUUAAAGGGAAAUUGAAAAUUCAGGGAAGAAUUAAGAACAAAUGGGGAAAUUGUGGGUAAAUAUUACAUAUGAAUAAGAGGGUUAUGAGGGUUUUAACUGUGUGUGGAGAGCUGGGGUGUACCUGGGUGGUAGAAUGUGUGCCUGGCAUACAUGACUCCUAGAUCCAGUCUCUAGCAUGCAAGAAUAUGGCAGUAAAAGAACAGAAUUAUGUGCCUGACCACAGGAAAAAUAGGUAAAUACAGCUAAUAUGCUCUGAGCUUCCAGAGUGAACAUAUUUUAUUUAUACGAAAUGUUGACAAAUCAAAGAUAACAGGAAUGAGCACAGCUGAAUUAGUAAUUACAAUACUCCAAGUAAAUACUAGGAUAGUAAAUUGUCAUGACAGAAAAAAAUGGUUGACCCCCUAUGCCACGAUCAAAAAAGUCUUCCAUAUAAAGCACUGGAAUGUUGAAAAUCUAAAAAUGGAGGAAAUCGAAUAUCCAACAUGAACCAGAAGAAAGCUGACAGUAGAUCUUAGGGCAAUGAUGAGGAAGACAGCAGGGAUGUUUUAUCACCACCAAGAGGGUCAAAAGAAUACAUCGAUUUAAAUCGUAAAUUAGUGCUUGCUGAAUAGCAUGAUUUCAGAACACAGAAUGCAGAAAUAGAACUGGAAGGUGACAGAGCAGUCUACAGGAAACACACUUCUCCUGGUAGCUCAUAAAACAAGUGAAUGUGAAUCAGAAACAACACGCAAGGCUGAAAUAGCAGCUGGUGGAUGAGACCCGAUACAACAGAGCACUGUCUAAGCAAGAUUAGAACAUCACCACUUUUAACUGUAGGUGGUGAGUUUAUCAAAAAUUGCUUUAUGACAAUAAACUUCAUCAAAGUUUCAAAACAUUCAGAAAAUUUCCUCUGGCUGCAUUAGGAUUAAGGUAGAAAUUAAUAACAAGCUAUAAAAAUAGUUUAACCAGUACACUGAUAAAUAAUCCACGUGUUCAAAGAAUAGAAAUUAGGAAGUGCUUGCAACUCAGUGAAGACAGGAUGAGCAGACGCACUUCGGGAUUUCUUGGAACAUUUGUCUGCCAUGCUCAAGUGUACCUCCUGGCAGGCAGGGAACUGGGUGGGAGAAGGCUCAGGAUCCGAGAUCCUUUUCAAAGGUACCUCCCCUCCCCCCCCAGUGAGUUAAUUUCCUCCCAUCAGGCUCUACCUAGUGGGAAUGCACAACCACACACCUCCAGCACAACAGGCAAGACCAAGCCUUUAAGCACUCAGGUCUCCAGGGGCACUUACAGAAUCCACAGCAUUCAGGGACCUAAAUUUGUACUUUAAGAAGCCAGUCCAAAACAGUGAACUCCCAAAACACUGAAUGGCGAGAACAAGCUAAAAGUAUUCUUAAAUUAAGAAAACACAUUUUCUUGAGAACAGUAAGCUUUGUUUCUGCUAUGAGGGAGCAACUACAUGACACUUGGUAACUGAGGAACAAGCCAUCUGGAAUCUCAGGCACUGAGUGGAGAGCCAGCCUCAGGAACAGAGAUGAGCAUUCUAGCCACAGAGGGCUUCUGCCUAGAGGUAGCUGCUGAACCACACCAGUGAAUUGAGACAGAGCAUUCACAAAGGGAGAGCGCUCCAGGGAUACCGAGGCAGGCUUGUUCUUGGGAGCACUGCGGGAUCUUGGCCGGACUCGUCCUCAUCAGCAUUGCCAGCCUUCUUAAAACUGCCCACAGUCCAGGUCUUUGCCCUUUCACUUUUCCUUCCCUAACAAAGGCAGAUGUGUUUUGUAAUGCGUUGCCUCUACCUGGCCUCCCAGCCCCCUUCCCAAUUUUUCUUACAGCUUUCUGUUUCCCACAGAUUUCCUUGGCAAAUCUCCAGAAUUGCAGGUUCUCUCCUCCAAUCUGUUUAUCAGACUAUGGAGGCCAAUACAAUAGUGCCAAGACAAAUAAAUGUUAAGCUUGGGUCUAAGAUUGGCUGGCACACCUUGGGUUGGGCAGAAUGGACAUCAUUCUCAUUGUCACAUGAGCCAUAAAUAGAUCCUGGCACAAACUGGAGCUUAACAACUAAGUAUUUCAUAGAUGACGACUGAAGGGUGUUGUGUUAGGAAUUCUGUGCUGGGUGUGAUGAGGAGGCCUGUGAAAGACUGAGCGAGCAAAGAGAGAAGACCCACAGAGACAGAGCUGAGCGUCACUGAGUUGUGCUGACCCUUGCCAAGGGGCAAGACACUUAAAGCUCUUCUGAGGAUUUAUUUUUGUGGGUCUGUGCAUGCAGGUAUCACUGGAGGCCAGAAGAGGGUGUCAGACCCCCUCAAUCUGGAGUUAUAGUUGGUUUCAAGCCACCCAGCAUGGGUGCUGGGAACUGAACUCUGUGUCCCUACAAAGAGUAGCAGGCUUCCUUAAGUGUCAAGUCAUCUCUCCACUGCCAAACUCAAAGGCGUUGAGGCUAGAUGGCAAAGCCAGUGGCCUCAGGGUCUUACGGAAUCUUAGAAGAGCAGACUCAGCCGUGCAGUGGAGAAGUGGGGAGUUGUAACUGUUAGAGUUGUAGAACUUCAGAGCUCUGAAUUCCCAGCACACCAGAGGAGGGAAAGCCCAGAACUCAGAAACACAGAAUGAGAACAUCCGGUGGAUGUGUGCAAGGAUGCUGGUGCAGCAGUUUUUGAUUCCUGGGGCUUUUGAAGGGGCUCAGUUUCCUUUGCUUUAGUAGUCGCUCUGACUUCUUACUGCUCUGCUCUGCUAUGUCAAGGACUUAGGUUGAAUCCAAGUGUAGCUUCAUUGAAAACAUCCUGGGCCUGAUGAGGAAAAAGAGACAACAAAAGAAUCCAGGGAAGUAGCUUUCAUGUGGCAGGAGCCAGGGAAGAAAGAACCCUUAGAAUUAGUUUUUUAGGGUGUUUAGUAAGAGAUGAGAAUGCACCCCUAGAUCAUGAUAAUUAGUUGAUUUUUAACACAUUUUCUCAGGAUGUAGAUAAGGGAGAUUUGCCUCUGAGAUGGCUCUAAGAAACUUGGAAAAGGAUCUCAACACUCGGGGAAAGGAAAGGGUAGGACCUGUGCUGCAUUUAUAACAGCAGAGGAUGGCAUAAAGAGUCUGAGCAGACAUGCUAGAAUAAAUGCCCAGAGAGCUGUGCUCCACAUGAGACUACAGAAGACAGCACCAUGGCCACUAAGGAAGCACUGCUGAACAGUAGUGUAGGCUUUGAAAACCAUGGCAUCACACACUGAUGCUUUCCCAGAGAAGAGCCAAGUCGUGCACGUCAGCCUCCUCCGUCCUGGGGGAGCUCCAGAUUUCGUACUCAUGCUGAUAGUAUAGAGCCUGUGUGUAGCUGUGUCUACUGCGUGUGAAUUCUUGUCUGGGGUUAUAAUUACUCCUUAGAUGUGGAAUCACACACCGCACAACACUGGACCUCUACACAGUGAAGGAGAUGGGGAGUGGCUCUUGAUCAUGGGAUCUACUGGUACUGUGACACAGAGUCCCAUUCUAAGGCAUCCAGCCUUGUGGGAUGCUGGGCCAGCCUCAGAGGAAAUGCAAAGAAUGAUGGGCUUCUGUGGGCUGUACACUAAGUCAGAGACCUUUUAGGGUAUUUAUUCAACAGACAAGGUACUUGAGUCUGAAAGUCAAGGCGUGGAACCAGAAGUAGUUCCAAUGACCAUCGCUCCUAACAUAGGGGCUAACACCCCACUUAGAGUGUAUUGUGUUCCUAUUCCUAUAAUCCUGAGCUUUGGAGACAUGGAAUUCCUCAUCUCAAAAACAGGCAUGCUCCUGUCAAGUUGUAGCAAGAGUCCCAGUUAAAAGUUACAACUGCCAAGGCAUUUCCUGUGUCCAGAGACUAGCAGACAGGAAGGAAGCCACCAUUCUGACAGAAUAAGGUCAGGCUGCUGUGGUCAGCAGGACAGGGCAGGACUACUGUGUACCUUUAAUUUUUUUCAAAGUCUACUUUUAAUGAUGGUUCUUAAACGCUUUAACUUCCCUUUUUAGCCCACCACCCCCAGAGGUAGUGGGAAAGAAAGGAUACGGGGGUUGGGUUGGGGAGUGGACCUGUUUAAAGGUUCUUUUGGAGCAGCUCCUGUCUGUGUUGUCUGGAAAUUGGCAGUGUAGUUCUUCACAGGUCAGCAGUAGCAGCUCCAUCAGGGUUACAUCAGCACCAGGACCGUAGAGUCCGAAUUGCACAUUCGGAUUGACAUUGGCGGCACUGCCUAGCAGGGACAGCCAGGCCUCAGUAUGAGUCAGCAGCAGGAGGGACCAGGAGGGAUGCCUUCCCUUAGUGAAGCGAAGAUCAGCAAAGGCUUGAGACCCACAACGUUCCACAGCCCAGCUAUAAGCAAGCCCAGCUCAGCCUCCAUCACUGUCCAUCGAGUUCUGCUUAUACCCUCCAAAUGUCACGUGUCCUCCUCGGGUCUUGCCUCAGCACGUGUCUCACUUGCUUCAGGAACGUGCGUCUGUCUCGACUGACACCACUCUGCCAAUCAGCCCAAGUCCACAGAAGCAACACAAAAGGCUGCGGCACACCAAGAAGUUUUUUGGUGCGUUUCUCUCUAUGGAGUCCCAACAAAUGCAGCUCAACUAAGCAACGAAAGGCGAACCAAUACAUGUGUCCUUAGCAAAGAAUUCAUCACGUGUCCUUUUACAUUCUUGCUUUACCAGAAGAUCCUUUUCACCUGUGUCUGCUUCAGCAAAACAUCCCUUCAUGAGUCUGCCUUAGUCUUUCAACUGUAUCCACUUAGGAAAACACUCCUUCACGUGUUUGCCCCAGCAAAACACUAUCCAACGAAACUGACUCUCCAAUGAGCCCUUACGUUUGCACUUCAUUCCUGUGUGAAGAGGACAGAGUGGUGUGUAUGCUCAACAGAAAGUAGCCGUGUCAGUGUCUCUUGCUGUUACCUCACACUUCCAUUAAUUCUGAAUGGACACAUGAGGCAGCCUCCAACUGGGAAGAUAUGCUUGCCAAGAGGGUCAGACGCCUUCGAAAUAGAGGUUUCUGCACUAUCAUCCUUGCCCUGAGAUCUUGUAAAGGCACAGCUGAGUUAGUGCAGUGGGCCAUGGUUCAGCUGGUGUAUGAGCUGCUGGCCGAGAUCAGCUGACUCUCCCCGGAGUUCUCCCCAGGAAGAAAGUAGUGGGAACUGUGGAAAUGCCCCUCUCCAAAUUGGGAGUAGAUGUAUUUUGAUGGCUAUUUGGGGGCCUCCAAAAUGAACCUCUGAGUUUGGGGGGAAAGUUGUUUUCUGGUAGCUUCACUGCUGCAUUCAGUACUACAUUUUCAUGGAGGCCACACUUCCUGCGUUCAUCUCUGACGGGCUCUUCGGGGACCAGAAGGUUCUCCUGCUCCGGAGAACACAGGAUGCUCUUGCUUUCUUUCCCCUUUCACACAGGUGGGAUCCGCAUUGCAGCCAGCCUUGCAGCUGCCGCUGGCUCCAUUCUCACUGUCUUACUGCAGUUCCUUGGACAGAUGUCAUCUGUGGCAAGUCUCCUUCUUGCCAUAUGGCUUUGUGUGCAGUCAAGCUGACAAGCUAUGUCGAGGGAGGAAUUUGCAGAGCCAACCAAAGAAUCAAAGACUAUGCUUGCCUUGCAUGCAUGAAACCCUAGGCUGAUAUCCCCCGAAUACCCACCCAACAAUCCAAAUGGAACUUUCUAGAUCUAAAAGAAGAAAUGAUACAUUCCUUAAGACUGCAGUAGAAAGUACCUAAAUUGGGUGAUAAGGAUCAAAAUGAAAUUAAACAAAAAAUAAGAGAACUGGGGGGGAGGGAGUGAAGUUGGGACAACAUUAAAGGAACAUGUUCUUGUACUCCAAAAGGAAGGGAAAGGGUAGAAGAAAUGAUAGCUGAAAUGUUUUCAAAUGAGAGGAAAACUGUAGGUCCUCAUAUCGAGAGAGAUUUAAAUUCUUAAGAAUUAGAGUAUUAAGUCACAAGAUACAGAGAUAUUCAUCGGUGAUCAUAUCAUUGUGAAUGUGCCUGACCUCAGAAUUGUCCUUCAGUAAUACUUGGAUGGAUGAAAGGGACGUGCCAUCCACAAGGAGGCAUGUGGUGAAGCCCCAGGGCUCACCAGGAAGGCUGGUGCAUGAAGGGAAAUCAGGCCAGACUCUUUACUGUACCAUCUUGGGAAGGAAGAGGAGAGACAAGGUAAGAAGUUCUAGGGUGGGAGUUUGGUUUUGUUUAGGUAUUGCUAUUGUGCUGGUUUGGAACUCAAUACACAAACUGCGUUGUCCUUCAACACAAGAUCCUCUGGUGUCAGCCUCCUGAGUGCUGGCAAUACAGAUGUGUGUUAGUGUGUUAUCAUGUUGGCUAGAAUGGGCUGGCAUGAGUCAUUGUGGUGGACAUGGGGUGAGGGGGCUCUCCUGCAUUAUCUCCUGACUGAUGCUGGUGUGCUUAGAGCAGUGAAAGUGCUCUGAGUGUGUGGGGUUGGAGAAAAUAUGGGUGGGGGAUGGGCUGUGGGUAAGUUUCUGGUCCGUGAAUGGCACAAUGGCAAGUGAGAGCUGUACUGUCUCUAGGAAUUGUCUCAUGCUGGGGAGGGAGGGAGACAAAGAGGCAGACAAUAGUCCCUUGAGGAUAAGAAAGGCCCCAUGUGAAGAAGUCUACAAGUCAAUAUGCUCACCAUGUUAGCUGGCUUCUGUUUUCCAGAGGGAUUCCCUGAUCAGAUUGGCCUAUGGCUACACUUGUGAGAAACUGACUUGACUGAUGAUGUGGGAGGGCCUACCCCCUUAUGGGUGGCACCAUUCCUAGGCCAUUGGACCUCGGCUAAGAAAGCAGAGUAUGAACAAGCCAGUAAGCCGCCUUCCUCCGGGAUUCCUGCUCCAGGCUCCUGCUCUUGGGUUUCUGCUCUGACUUCCCUAAUGAUGGGCUAUUGUCAAGAAGUACUAGCUGAAAUAGAUCCUUUCCUCCCCAAGGUGUAUUCUGCUAGAGUGUUUAUCACAGCUCAGAAAGCAAACGCAGACAAUUUACCAGUUUUUAAAAUGAGCAAGGGAAUUCUUAUGGGCUGAGUUGUGACCCACCACGCCCCCCUUGGUCAGACUUACUUGUGGAAACCCUAGCCCUCCAUGUGCACUAUUUGGAGAUGGGUUUUGCUGAAGUAACUAAGACUGACUGAAGCUGUAAGGGUAGGCCUUGGUCUGAUAGGAUCAGAGACACUGGAGACUCAGGGUGUAAAUUAACAAUAAAAAACAGCUGGGCAUUUGCUGUGACCACCUGCAAGCCAGGAGUGCCCUCAGCAGCCCUGUCCGGUCUGACACUGUGAACCUGGAUUUGCAGCCUCUAUAGUUAUGAGAAAAUAAAUGUCUGCUGAGAGAGUCUCAAUGACAUUUGCUUGUGGAAGCCCACACUAAUUAAAACAGGCCGAGGGUUCUCUGAGGAAGAUGUGCAGGUGGCACGUCAGAAGUUUUAGCUCUCAGAGAACCAUACAUCAAAUUUCAAUUCAGAUACAACUUUACUGCGCCUAGGGUAGACAGAAGAUCAGUUAACAAACACCAGUUAGACCCUGGAGAAAUUAUAGAAUCUUCAUACACACUGGAGGUAGGGCAGAGAGUCAUGGGAGUGUUUUGGGAAAAAGUCUGGUCAGUCCUCAACUGAUUCCAUAGGAGCUCUACUCCUGCAUAUGUCCAUAGAAGGGAAAGCAAUCAUCUACAAAGAAACGUGAGCAAAACUGUGUCAUAUCCAUAGCACAGAGUAAUAUUUGUUCAUAAAAAGGAAAAGGGGGGCUGGCAAGACGGCUCAGCAGGUAAAGAUGCUGUGCAAGCCUGGGGACCUGAGUGUCAGCCCCAAAGGGAAAGAAUCAACUCGACAGUUGUCUUCAGGUCUCCAAAUACAUACUGUGCUCAUGCACCACCCCUCCACACCACACAUGAGUGCGUGCAUGCACACACACACACAAUGGCAAUAACAUCUUAAGGAAUUAAGUACUGAUGAUCUACAACAUGGAAUAACCUUGAAAAAAUAAGUUAAUCCUAUCACUCAGGAGGCAGAAGCAGCCAGUUGAGGCCAGACUGAUCUACACAGUUUCAGGACAGGCAAGGCUACUUAGUGAAAAAUAAAAAAGAAAUAAAAAGAAAGUUCCACGGGCCACUUAAAUAUAUAGAUGGUUCAAAUACUCCAGUUACAAAACUGAAAAUUGCCUAAUUGAAAACCCGACAGCUCUACAGGAGCAGAGAGGGGAAGCGCAGUCAGUCACCGGGAGAGAACCGACGCUCUUAUCAGGCAGGGCGGAAUCCAGACACAGGACAAGGACAGAGAUCCUGUGGGGAUCAGAUGCGCUAUAAACAGGAGCCUUAAGAUGACAAAGCAACAGCUGGCAGACAGUCAUAGACAGAGCAGACACCAGCCCUUUUUUGAGGUUCUGCAUUUGAACCCCCAGCCUCAUUAUGCCAGAGAUGUGCCCUACUGCAGUGAUAACCCCAGACUCUCUUAUUUUCUUUUGAAACAGAAACUCAUUAACUGCCAGGGUUGUCCUUGAACUCACUCUGUUGCCUAGACAGACUUUGAGCUUUAUGCUCCUGCCUCAGCCUCCCAGGCAGUUAGGAUUGCAAGCCACACUACCUUCUGCACUCUCCAGUAAAUGACAAGAUGAAUAAAAGGAAAGUUAGGAGGGACAUAGGUGACCUGAGUAACACACCAGCCUGAGCUACAGAUGCUCCUGGGAUGCCACACACAAGAAAGCUGAGAUACACGUGUUAGAAAAUACUUAUUUCUAAACUUUUAUUCAUAUGCACUUCAUGUGUUUGUAUUUGUGCAUGUGAGUGCCUACAGUAGCCAGAUUCCCUGGAGCUGAAGUUACAGGGGGUUACAGAGCCACUAAUGUGGAUGCUGGGAAUGGAACCCCAGUCUUCUGCAAGAAUAGCAAGUGCUCUUGACUGCUGGGCCAUCUCUCCAGCCCCAAGAAGCACACAUUUUUAAAAGUGUGAAAAUAACAUUUACUACAUGGUCUAUGGCUGGCUAGUUUUAUGCCAACAUGAUACCAGCUAGUCAUUCUGGAAGAGGGCAUCUCAGUUCAGAAAAUGCCUCCACCAGAUUGGCCUGUGGACAAGCCUGAGGGACAUUUACUUGACUGAUGGUUGAUGUGGUAGGGCCCAGCUCAGUGUGUGCGCACAGAGAAACCUCUGGGUUGGUGGUGCUACUGCUAUAAGAAAGCAGACUGGACAAGCUAGGAAGAACAAGUCAGUAAGGAGCGAUCCUCCAUGGCAUCUGCAUUAUUAGCUCCCGCCUCCAUGUUCCUGGUCUAGCUUCCUUCAGUAAAGGACUUGUUAUUAAAGUGUAAGCAAAAUAAACCCUUUCCUCCUCGAGUUGCUUUUGGAAAUGGUGUUUAUCACAGAAACAGAAACCUUUAACUGAGACAAGUCUAUAUGGAACCAUAAAGCAAAUCUCAAUACAUUUCCAUGAAUGGCCACCGUAAUCUGCUUUUAAAGGAACGAAUAAGUUAAAGUGGAAAAGAGAGGGCCAGCCAGAUGGCUUCGCAGGUGAAGGCCAUCCUGACAAUCUGAGUUCAAUCCCUGGUACCCACAUGAUGGGUUGCCCUUAGAACACAUCUGAGCAUGUGCCCACAUACAUACAGAAUAAAUACAUGUAGUUUAAGAAAGAAAUGGGGGCAGGCAGGAAAACGGCUCACUGUUUAAGAAUUCUGACUGCUCUUCCCAGCUCCUCCAUGGUAGCUCACAACGCUCUAUAGGUCCAAUUCCAGGAGAGCCAAUGCCCUCUUCUGGACUCUGUGGGCCUGAGGUGCACAUGCAGUAGCACACCAACACAUGCAAGCAGUACAUCUGUACACAUAAAAACAAAAUAAAUACUAAAGGAAGGAGGAGAAAGAGAACGUGAGAGAUGUAGCAGUGUGUGAGAGAGAAAGGGACGGUCACUGCAGAUGCUGCUGCAAACCUGAGUACCUGAGGGACCAGGAGCGCAGACUCUCAGCAAACCUUUGUAUACAAGUGGGAUGUUACAACACAAAGGUGUAAUAACUAACUCUGUGCCAUACAUGUGACCACAAAUGGGAACAAAUCUGUGAAAACCAUCACUGACAAAAGAUUUAAAAAUCCAAGGAGCCUUUACCUGCUGUCAAUCAUCUAAAAGCUCAGGUGGGCAGGCAGCCCUCCUGGUAAAGGUACUUUCACUAGGCCAAAUGGCUUCAGUUAAGUUCCCAACACACAUGGUGGAAGGAGAGAAGUGAUGCCUAUAAGUGGUUCUCUGAUCUCUGCUUGUGUGCUGUGACAUAAAUAUACUGCCCCCCCCCACACACACUAACUUAAUUAGUUAAGAAUAUUUCUUAGGCCAGGCAUGGUGGUCCACACCUUUGAUCCCAGCACUUGGGAAGCAGAAGCAGGCAGAUCUCUAUGAGUUUGAGGCCAAUCAGUUCCAGGCCAGGGCUACAUUGCAGAGAGACUCUCCCUCCCCCCAAAGUUUAGAUACUAUUUCUAAAUUUUUUUUUAUUCUUUAAUUCUAGCAUCUGGAAGGCAGAGGCAGGUGGAUCUCAAUGAUUUCAAGGCCAGUUUGGUCUACAAAGUGAGUUCUAGAACAACCAAGGCUACACAGAAAAACCCUGUCUCAAAAACAAACAAACAAAAAUGCGUUUUAAAAUUUUCUGGUAUAAACUUGAUCCCACAUGAGAGCAUCUACAUCUAUGUGAAAAGCGGGCCAAGACCAUAAGUUCUUUCCUUGUAAAGCAAUCUAACAACUUCCUAUCAAGGGUUUGCUGAUUCACCAAAGCUGGCUGGGGAGUGGUUCCGUACUGAUAGUCUCAAGUAUUCACUCCUCCCUCCAAAGAGAUUGCUUAUGGCUGCCUGGCAUUGUGUGAUUAGCAGAGAUGCUUCUGGAGAAGAAAUACCUCCAUCCCAGCAGGCUGAGAGUUGUCCUACCCACUUUCCCAGGCAGCGGUAGGUGGAUGGAUCGACGUGUACUUCGUGUGAGGUGCAACUGAGAGCAUCAUAGUGAACUCUGCCCACUUCUUGCUCUUUGUCUUUUGAUAGCAGGACUGGAGAAGCGAGUCCCAGAUAGAGGUUGCUCUUUCAGUUUGGGCCCUGAACAAAGAAGCCACAGGGACAAAAGCCAUAGCUGCUCUUGGCCCAGCCAAGAGCUCAAGAGGGGCAGCAAAUUCCCAGCUGACCUGUGAGAUGACAAAGGACUCUCCCGUCUUGAGUUACCUCAACUUGAGGAUUAUUUGCAUCCACAGCACAAAAUAGCCAAAUUGUUGAUAAUAUUUGAGACAAAGUAUCAUUAUGUAGCCCAGGCUACCCUGGAACUUACGAUCCUCCUGCCUCAGCCUCCCAAGGGCUAUAAUUCCUGGUAUGGGCUACCACACCCAGUUGCAAAGUUCAACUGAUACUGAAAAUAUUCCUUUGGGUUGGGAGUUUAUCUCGGUGGUAGAGUGCUUGCCUAGCUUGUGAGAGCCCCUAGGCUCAACUCCCAGUAUUAAAUAAAAGAAUCAAUCAGGGACCGGAGAGGAGAAGCAGCUCAGGUAGAGUCAGCGCCUGCAGAGGACAAGGUUGCUUUCCAGCACCCACAGUAGGCAGCUUGCCUUCCUCUGGCCUCCAAGGGCACCUUUCUAUGCAUGCACACACAGACUUAUAAUCAAAAGUAAACAUAACUCUUUUAAAAACAACGAGCUGAAAACGUGUCACCAGUUUCAUCUUAUUUCCAUGCUAAAACCCAUCAGUGACAUGGAUUCCCUCUGAAAGCUCCUUCCUACCCUCCUGCUUUGUUUUUCCCAGCCACUUCUCCCCAUUUCCUCUUCCCCAUGCCCUGCUCUCCCCUUCCCUCCUCCCCUCUCCGUCUGUCCCUUUCCUUCCUUUCCCUCUUUUAUUCCUUCCCUAAUCCCUUGUUUUCUUUCAUUCAUUCCUUUUAUGUUCUUUUCCUAAAGAAUUUUUGUUUUCUGUGUAUGACUAUUUUGCCUGAACAUACAACAUGUGUGUACCACAUACAUGCCUGGUGCCCAUGGUGGACAGAAGAGGGCAUCAGGUCCCCUGGAACUGGAAUGAGCAGCCAUGUGCAUGCUAGGCCCUCGAGAAGAGCAGCCAGUGCCCUUUAUACGUUGUUUUUAUGGUGAAGCACCCAUCCACCAGAACAGCUUAUUUCUGGACUCUGAAGCAUCUGCUGCUUUUCCUGUUUUUCUUUUGAUUUUUAAACAAACACAUCCAUGGACUUUUUAUACCCUAGACUGGCCUUUAAUUCAGUGUGUAGUCCAGGUUGUUGUAGUAAAUCUCCAACCCCAGUAGGCCCGUGCAAAAAACACACAAGUCAGUUACUAUGUUUAAAAGCUCCCUGCUUAGACUGGGCAGAUCUACCACUACACUCAUCUACUCCCAGCUCUGGGAGCCCUUGGUAUUUACUGCUUCUCUAGGCCAUGUGGUUCUGCUCCAUCUUCUUUCCUCCUUUUCCUCUCUUUUCCCUUCCUCCCUUCUCUAAAACCUCCAGCCCCACCUCUUCCUUCCAAUGCCCAAUCACAGGCUCUAGCCUUUUUUUCACCGGUUAGAAUGGGGGGAAAGUUCACAUGAAAUCACCUGAGUAGGUGAUCCACUCCUCAUUGGUGCAGCACCAAGGCAACCCACAUCACCAGGUCAGCCUCAAACUGAUGACCCUAACUGCUGAAAUCAAAGGCACAGGCCACCACGCAUGACUAAUCCUGCCUAUGUCUACCGUAGUUCAUUAGGAACAGCCGCUGUGCGUUUCUGUUCAUCGGAAGCAUGUUGAUGGCACAAAUUUGCCUCUAGGAACAACUGUAGCUUUUCAGACAAGACAAUAUAUGCUUUUUUCACUAUGGGUGAAAAUAUGUUAUAGUUUCUACUACGAUAACUUCUCUAUGCCGUGUGUUAGUGAUGCAUAUUCCUUAACUUACAGCCACACAGGCGCAUUUGAAGUUGUUAGUGUAAUUAGAGGAUGGUCAGAGACACUGCUCAGUAGUAUUUUGCUCCUUUAAAAUGUAUUUGAUUUGGUUUAAAUAGCAGCACACAUUAAGUGUUUGACUUUGAAAAACAUACAUUCUGUAGUUGCCGGGUGUAGUAUCCAGUAGGUCAAGAGUGAACCUGCCUCCUUCAGGUCUACAUAUCAUAUUUUGGUCUUUUGACAUGCGCCUAGUUUAACAGUUUUGAGGGGUGUAUGUUUAAAUUUCCAAGUAUGAUUUGUAGUGAGAAUUCUGGAAUUUUGGUUUCUUCAAAAACACAGUACUAUAAGAAUCUGCUUUAGUUUUAAUCCCAGGUGUAGGGAUGUAGGGCUGCUUUAGGCCGUCCACAGCAGCUGGCUCUGGUUUGCCUCGUGCUCCAGCAGAUAGGCAGCUGCAGAGUAUGUGACAUGGAAUUCUGGGAACUUUUCAGAGGGUAUAUAAAUGCUAGGCCCAGAGGCAGUAUUGGAGGUCGUUGGUCAUUCAGGUUGCAGCUUGUUAGUAGUCAUUGUUAGGGUUUCAAAUCUCAGCCCUGCCCGGACAGAAAACAUCAAGACACCAUGGUUCCACGUAGAGAGGUUUAAUGAGAAAAAAGAAGAAGAGAGGAAAGGCGGCCGGCCAUGGGCACAUGGUUGGGAAGGGGAAGGGGGCAAGAACAGAGAACAACAAAGAGUAAGAGGGGGUAAGAGGUGGGGGUAAGAGAGAGGGUAAGAGGAAAAGGAGGGGGGCAAGCAGCCCCUUAUAUAGUCAGGCACAGCUGGCUGUUGCCAUGCAACUGUGGGGCAGAGCAUACCUGGCUGCUGCCAGGUAACUGUGGGGGUGGAGCUUAGACAGAAUACCAACAGUCAUACUCAAAGAAGAAACAAGAAGAGAGAAGUUAGAGUCAGGAAUCAAUCUCUCUCUCCUUCUUACCCCCUCUUCUCCCUCUCCCCCCUCUCCUCCCUCUCUCUCCCUCCCUUUCCCCUGUAUUCUUUCUCUCCUAUCUAGUGAUAAGGGGUUAAACCAGGGAAUAAAGAGUGGAAAAAGAAGAAUCCACAAAGUAGCUAAAACCAGCUAUAAUAACUGUGGGUAUAUCUGUUUCUUUAAUUUUUUUUUAAAGAUUUAUUUAUUUAUUUUAUGUACAGCAUUCUGCCUGCAUAUGUGACUGCAGGCCAGAAGAGGGCACCAGAUCUCAUUACAGAUGGUUGUGAGCCACCAUGUGGUUGCUGGGAAUUGAACUCAUGACCUCUGGAAGAGCAGUCAGAGCUCUUAACCACCAAGCCAUCUCUCCAAUCCUCUUUAAUUUAUUUUUACAUUUUUAAUUUCAUGUUGUGUGUGUCUAGAUGGAGGCCCGAGACAGCUUUGGGGGUUGGUUGUCUCCUUCCCCCGUGGGUCCUGGGGAUUGAAUUAAAGUCGUUAGGUUUAGGCUUUUUCCACUGACCCAUACUGCUGGCUGGUUCUUUUAAAGCAUCAUUAAGGCACUUCAUAUUAGGUUCAUAGAACUCGCUCUGUUUUCUUGUUGAGUUGCCCCUCUUCAUGUGUGUGUGACUUACCAGGGCCUAGUCUAGUUUGUGUUUAUUCUUAGGCUCAGAGUGUUCUCCCCACUCGAGUGCUAACGGUGCCAGCAUCUUCCUUAUGUAGGUGUGUGUCAACCCUGUGUUAGUAUAACUUACAUGGUCGGGUUGACAGUUUCCUAUUUUUAUGCUUUCUUCUCUGCAUCUUCAGGCUCAAAUAUGGAAUCAUUUUGCUCUUUGUAGUAACAUUUCCCUUACUGCAGAUUCUGAUGACAAAUCCAUUUAAGUUGUGACUUGUGAAAGCCUUUCUUGUUGUCCCUGCUCCUUCAGCAGCACCUGCUAUUGCUUGCUCCCUUGACGAUGAUGUCAUGGAUGGGAGGAGGGUCUCACGGGGCUUUGAAAUGCCUUCAUCUUCCUAACAGCCUGGGGUGUGGUACAGGCAUUACUCUCAAUGGCCACUUACAGAGCUUGACUGUCAUUUUUAAAAAGUGUGGAUCUGGGACCUAGAGAGAUUACAUUUCAGAGAAUAGGGUGGGGAAUGAUAAGAGGAAGACACCCAGCCAUGCCCCUCUGGAUCUGUAUGUGUGUAUGCAUACACAUAUGAACAGCACACACACAACACACCAAGACUGUUCUCCUGCUGAACCAAUUUCUACCAGGCAUGUGUAUUAGUGUGGUAGGAAUAAACUCUAUGCAGAAUACUAACACAUUAACCAAGUUUGACUAAAAACUGCUGAGAAGAAAAAGACCAGUUGUAUAUAGAUACACUGUAGCAGUCUUCAGACAUACAUGAGGGCAUCGGAUCCCAUUACAGACGGCUGUGAGCCACCAUGUGGUUGCUGAGAAUUGAACUCAGGACCUCUGGAAAAGCAGUCAGUGCUCUUAACUGCUGAGCCAUUGUUCCAGCCUUCCACCCCUUUUAAAAUUAUUUUAUUCUUUUUUUUCGGAGCUGGGGACCAAACCCAGGGCCUUGCGCUUGCUAGGCAAGUGCUCUACCACUGAGAUAAAUCCCCAACCCAAUAGUAUUUUAUCUUAUUCUCUGUGCAUUCGUGUCUUGCCUGCAUGUGUGUAUUUCUUCGUCUGUUUAAGGGCGUCAGAUCCCUGGAACUGAAGUUACAAACAGUUGUGAGCUGCAUGUGGGACUGGGAAUUGAACCCAGAGAACAACAUUUUAUUUUGUGUGUGCAUGUGUGUAUGUGUUGUGGGCAUGUUCAUGUCACAGCAUGCAUUUGUGCAGAGAACAAGCUGAGGGAGUUAGUUUUUCUUCCACCAUGUUUGAGUCCCGGGUCAUUGGGCUUGGCAGCGCCUUUUUCCAAAAGAGACCGAGUUUGGAAGAGGGAACUUUGCCUGCGUACCAUAAGGCUAAAGAGGAAAGGAAGAGUCUGCCGUUAUUGCACUCUUGCAUGUACAUUUGUCCCCAGCAGCAUGUGCUAAUAAUUCUGAAAUUGUAUGUAUAUUCUAGGAAAGGGUUGGGCAAGUAUACUGUGGAAUGAAGUCAUGUUUUUGUUAGAUGUAGUGGAAAUGUUUUGUGCCAGAAAGCAUGAAUAACUAAAAUUAUGCAGGCAUAUCAAAAGGACACAAGCCAAUCGGAAGAAGUGUCUAGUAGCCAAAUUUGGGCACUAAAACAAUUACAGUUACAAGAGUGGAGUAGACUGGAUCCUGCAUAACAGUGUCUAUGAGUACACACAUGAAUGCGCACAUGCGCGUGUGCACGCACACACAUGCACAGUGAGGAAUAUCUAUGAAUCCAUACACACGAAAGGAUGAAUGUUCAGUCCCUAGACACAUGUAAAAACAAUGCAAAUUUCAUAUAUCUUAUGCUUUGCUUGUGUAAAACUGAAAAGUAGUAAACAAGGGGACUGCGCAGCUCUACCUAUAGGAUGAUUCCAGCUAGUGUACACGGAGGACGACAGGAAAGGAAGCCAUCAUCACCCUGUGACACUAGUAGAUGAGUCAGGGCCUUUCAAAUGGCUCAGUUAAGGCGCCUGUCACACAAAACCUGUCAACCUGAGUUGGAGCCCUGCAACCCACAUGGUGGAGAGAGAGAACUGACUUCUGAAUGUUGUCCUCUGACCUCCACAUAUGCCAUGGGCAUGACUGUGCCUCUCCCCACUAAAUCAGUGAAGCAUAAUCAUAAAAAAUCGAAACAAAAAUCAGAUGUGGCAGAUAAGGUGGUGUGUGUCUGUAAUCUCAGUAGUUGGGAGGCAGAGGCAGGAAGGUCAAGAGUUCAAACUCAUCCUUGCCUACAUAGCAAGCCUUUUUUGCCAUCCUGAAUAUACCAAGACCCCCAUCUGAACAACCAGCCUCUUGCCCACUCCACAACUAAAAGAAUCAUUGAUGACAAUAAAGCAAAAUAAUGUGUUUUCUUAGCUUUAGACUGUCUCCUCCUAAGAGACUUUUUAGUUUAGAAGGAAAAAAGAAUGACUUGUGCAAAGAGAAUAUUAGAAGCCCUCUAACUUUAUCAAAGUUAGUGUGCUUAGAAUAGGGUAAACUAAGGGCUAGAAAGAUGCUUACUGGUUAAGGAUGUUUCCUGCUCUUGCAGAAGACCUGACUGUACCCAUGACCCCCCUCUUCUGGCCUCUAAGGGCACCAUCAUGCAUGUGAACACCGCAGACAUACACAGAAAUAAAAAUAAUAUUUCUACACUAUAUAACACUGUAUAAAUUAGAUGACAUUGGACAAGGGGCAACAAGAACAGCCUCGGAGCAAGCAUUGCUUCCCUGGUGUUCCUGCCGCCAAAGAAGUGACUCGAUUCUGAAAGUGAGAAAGGCUGUAACGAUAGUGGCCUCUAACAUCCUAAGGAUCAAGGCCAUGAAUAUUAAAGACUGAAGGGCAGGGAGUCCAGGACUAGGGGUAUAACUCAGCCAGUGCUUGCUUGGCACACACGAGGCCUUGGAUGCCCGCCCGACACGAUGUUCACCAUAAUUCAAACACUCAGGAGGUGAAGGUAGAAGAGUCAGAAGUUCAAGGUCAUCCGUGGCCACUACCAGGCCAGCCUGGCUACAAAAGACCAAGAGAGGAAGGGAUGGAGGGAGGGAGAGAAAGAGGCUUUAGGGCACAUUCAUAUUAGUCACUGCAGAAAACAGCUUUAGCUCAAAAUCUAUUCCUGAUUAAAUAAGGGAAAACACUUUUAAAUAGAAGUGGAAGGAGACAGCCAUCUGAAGAAGGGAACUAUGCUAAAACCCACUGGAACACCAUUCAUAUAUCAAGGGACCAGCAAGAAGAUGGGGAUUCCCUCAGUGUCUUCCCUCCUCUCCAACAAGAGCUCACUGUCAGAAAGGCGUCAGCGUCUUACAGGGCAUGUCAGUAAACCCUGACAGUUUGUAAAACUUACAAGGACAGCCAAAGACUGAGAGCUGCCAGCACAUCAUAAAAACCAGAGCAGAAGAACUUGUUUAACUAUACCACAGGUGGUUUUAAAGUUGUAAUUAAGACAUUGCUGAACUGAUAAAGGGUGGAGAACAAGCCAGUGUAACUGGUGAGGAGCCUGACAACAGGCCCAUUCAUGCUCAGAAACGUAGCCACUGACAAUCCCAGUCACUCAAGAGGCACCACACCUUAAACAUGGGACUGGGCUGUGGUAAAAGGACAGAGGAAUUGGGCUCUUCCUCAUUAGAAACACUAAAUAUGUAUUAAGAAUUGUGAGUGGGGCUGGAGAGAUGGCUCAGUGGUUAAGAGCACUGACUGCUCUUCCAGAGGUCCUGAGUUCAAUUCCCAGCAACCACAUGGCGGCUCACAACCAUCUGUAAUGGGAUCCAAUGCCCUCUUCUGGUGUGUCUGAAUUCAGCUACUAUGUACUCAUAUAAAUAAAAUUUAAAAAUAUGUAUUUUAAAA